AUGAAAUUGUUUAUAUGCAUCGUUGUUAGCAUCAUUUCAUUAAUCGCAAUUUUUUAUUUAAUAUUUAUACCAAUCAAAAUAAAUAAAAAUCAACUGAAAAAAAUUAAACAACAAUUAGAAAUUAUUGAAGAUGAUAAACUUUUAAUUAAAUGGAAUUCAAUGGUUCAUGAAUACUUAAAAUUUCCGCUUGCUAAUGAUUAUGGUUCACAUUCAAUUGUACUUCUUGCUGCAUUAUGUGCAACUAAAUCAGGUCCCAUACUUGAGCUAGGCAUGGGAACAUCAAGUAGUCCAUUGUUACAUCGUUUAGCAUUGGAACAAAAACGUUUUCUUUUAUCAGCCGAUUCUGAUCGUCGAUGGAUUAAUUAUUUUUCUUCGUUUGCUGUAAACAAUACUCUCCAUGAAUUGAAAUACGUUGAAAUUAAGAGUGAAAUGGGUAUCGAGUGGGCAACAUCGAACCUUGAAGAAUAUAGGAAUUGGACGGUGGUUUUUAUUGAUCAUCGACCGGGAUCACGACGGCAAUUUGAUUUAAUGUCAUAUUCACAUCGAAGUGAUGUUGUUAUUUUACAUGAUACAGAAAGUAGUGCUGUAUAUCAAUAUGAUCGAGCCUUAUCAUUAUAUCCUUAUAAAUAUCGUUUUAGUAAAUUGAGACCAUAUACAGAUGUUUUAAGUGUACGUAAUGAGAAAUUAAUUAACGUAAUACGUCGUUUACUUGAAACAACGCCAGAUUAUUACUUUUCGAAUAUAACUUCAAAUAAAAAUUUUUAA